GCCUAAGGAACUUGUUAAGUGCUGUGCUUGUAAGCUCAUGUCAAAGCAGCUUUCUUUAGUAAAAUUGGAUACUGCCUAGGUUGCGAUAAUUGAACUGUUUCUCAAGAUUUCUAGUCUAAGUGGAGUAUUUAAGCUAUCUUGGCAUUUGACUUUGCAAAAUGGCUUCUCCUACUUAUUUUUUUUAAAAACGUUUAACUUCCUGACAUCUUCAUUUUCAGAGGCUGCAAUUUGGGUUUGAUCUCUGCCCAAGACCACUAUUUAAGUGAAGGGCCUUAAAUUAUUGAAAUCACAGAAGGAAAGCAUUUUAUAUUCUCUUUAGGCUUGUGUUCCAUUAAACUUGCACCAGAUUUUAAAUAGAGUCAUCCUGACAUCAGAAAGGCAUCUCUCAAGUGUGUGUGAUUCACCACUGGCAGAAGCAGCCAUGGCACUUCUGUGUGGGUGUUAGGGUUUUUGUUUUGUGUGAUAGAACUAGCGAAGGUCUCACAUCAUUCUCAAUAUAUCCAUCUUUAUUUCCUUUUCAAUACUCUGAUCUUGGGCAAGUGUUUUGCGCUUCAGAAGGCUUGCUUGUAUGUGUUACCUCAUUCUCAAGUCUUUUUUUUUCUGGACUGGUGGUCUGAUGUGGUGUAACUGGUCUGAAACCAACUGCCUCCUUGGUUACAGCUGAACUUGAUAACCUUGCUGUAGGAAACAGUGGUAGAUGACAGUUCUUAGGGACAUUUGUCUCUAAGGAUUGUUUCACUCCACAUCUUAAAUGCUUUUUUUAAGGGUUGGUUUGUGGGAUGUGCAUAGGGAGUCUGCUUGACCUGGUACAUGGCACUGUUACCAAGCUUGCUAUCACCUAAAGCCUUUUGAAGGUUCAAAAUGCUCAUUCUGUAGCAAGUCAGAUUAGAAACUUAAACAUCCCCUCUGAAAAGCAGAAGAUCUGGAAUUUGAUACACAGGUUUUAACCCUUAGUCUCAUUCUUCCAUGGUGUGGUGAGUGCCUAGAGUCACAGACUGUGAACUGGCAUUUAGCGUUCUCACCCCAAAUUCCUCUCCAACCAGGAGAGCUUUCUGGCACAAAGUUUAAUUGUGAUAGAUUUCAGUGAGAAGCUUCUGCUUUGGACAAAUGGGUGUUGCCCUGCUGAAGGAGGAAGGCUGUAUUUAACUCGGGCUGGUGCAGGUGAGUGCAGGGCUGGCACGUGCUGUUGCCAAGAAGCCAAUAACUCACGGCAAUCAUGAGUGAGUUGUGUGCUUGGGCAUGGAGAGGGAAGUAGUUACUCCAUAUCAGGCAUUAUUUGUUGUUUUGCAUCAAUUCACUUGGUGAAACUGUCUUGGGGCCGGCUUUUAGGCAAUACAGCUGCUGACUUCUCUGAGCCCUGGUUAACUGGUUCUUAGGAGGGAGAAUCCUGUGGGGUGGCAACAAUUUGGAGGUGCUUGAGUUCUGGGGCCCCUCCUGCAAGCAUGAGGAAGGUGGGCUCACAGCAUUUUGUCUUUAAAAUUGCAAGUCCACUCUGCAUGCAGUGUUGAAGCCUGCGGCCAGUUCAGAAGCUGCAAUCCAUUUCAUGCGAAGAUUUACCGCAGGCCUGGAAAUUUGCAUACAUGAAUAAAAGAGGACCCAGGAGGAUUUGCUCAGCCCGUGCUCAUGGCCCAAGCGAGGAAGCUGUUCCAGGUGGCUGUAUCCUGCACAGCUCUGCUGAGACCUGAUUGUCUUGUAGGAGCCUGGGCUUAUGGCAGAGGUCAGUGAGUCAGCCUUGUUUUGGGGAAGAGGUGGGGAAAUGAGUUUUGGGUGGAUGUGACCUGACUCCCUUUUCUCAGGCCUUUUCAAUUCCUGUCCUUUGGUUCCUGGCUGGCACCAAGGCAAAUUCAAGCUGUGUCAGCUGGGGGGUGAGCAUUUGUCUUCCAUGUGUGUCAGGAGCAGCAGUGGGGUUGUCAGUAUCAGGAGUCUCUGGGCCCUUUAUCAGCUGGGAGGGGUGAGAAGCAAGCUGCAAACCCUGUAAACCCUGCUUCCGACCAGAGCAAGCACUCAGCCUCCCUGGCCUCUCCUGCACACGUGCUGGGCAGCACCACGCUCCUUGCUUUCCUCCCUCUGUUGCAUUUUGUAUCCUGGUAACAUCGCUCACGUUACAGCCGGUGUAUGCUGGCACCAUGGUUGAAUUUUGGGGUGCUGAGAGCUCCCUGUGGUCCACUGGGCUGUUGUGAAGACUGUGGCUGCAGGAGGAAUGAACAAAACUCACCCCCAGAGGAACGGUGAUGUAGCUCCUUUUCAUCCAGCAAAGCCCUUCUCUGAAGAAAGAGGCUGCUGCCGGCCGCGUGGGGCCCACCUGUGCUGCCCACCGAGAUGUGUCUGUGUCACCUCACUGCUCCUCCUGGCUGCCACGGUGGCCAUCGUGGGCCUGGCGGUGGCGCUGGGGCUCCCACCACGCUCACCAGCAAACCGCCUCUGUGCAGCCUCCAAUAACCGGACAGGUUUCUUGUGUGACGACAGAGUGACCUGCAUCCCGGCCAGCCAGGUCUGUGAUAGAACCUCCAACUGCAGAGACGGAGAGGAUGAGCAGGAGGAACUCUGUGGCGACCUGCCCCGCAGCCUGCCCACCUACCUGGUUUUCCGCUGUGGUAACCCUGCGCACUGGGUCUAUGCCGACAAGAGGUGCAACGGGAUCAAUGACUGCGGGGACUGCUCCGAUGAGAUAGGGAGCUUGUCCGCCUGCCCUCCGUGCGGGUCAGCGUGGUGGAGCUGCAGCCCCGUGUUCCACGAGUACUGCGCCUGCGUGCCCAGGUCGCUGUGCCGCGACAGCGUCCAGCACUGCACCAGCUGGUCCGAUGAGUACCUCUGCACACCGUGAAGCCUCAGCACCAGGAGAUGCUGGUCGUGGGGAGGUGUUUCCUGCACUGUCACCUCCCAUGCUGCUGUCCUGCUCUGGAAGCUCCGGCCCAAUCAGCAGCACGGUGUGGGGACAGCAGCGCCAUGCUACUAGCUUGUGGGACACCUUCAUGGGUCCUCCUGAGCACUUCCCUCUGACACAUCUCCAUGCUCCUGAUGUCCGUGGGCAGGAGAAGGUGGACUCAGUGUGUAAAGCAUGUCUGUGGGUUGUUUCGGCAGCUGCUUUGAAGGCUCUGCGCUGAUGCAGCUGGGAGGCUUCCUGUGGGGCCUGGUGUUGGGUGACACGUCUGGGGAGCCACCAUGUGGGCCACCUCCUGCACAGAGCUCAAACCAUGAAGGUCAGCGUGGAGAGAGUAAUGGUGAGGGAACUGCGGCGGAUGUACUGGGGUUUGUGAGGAAAAAUCAGUGUUCAUGUGGGGUGUAGCUGUCCUUCCAACCAGCCUGGGCACUCAGGGGGGACCAGGGCACAUCUGAAGUGUGUUUGUCUUGGGGCUGAGCAGUUUUGGAGUGGCAGCUCCACAAACAGCCACUGGGUUGGGAUGCAUUGCACUGCGUUCAGUUAGCAAGGAAAAAAGGUGUGUGGUGGGCUCCACGGCAGCCUUGGAGCAGUGAGCAGAAGAAAACCAAGAGCUGCAGCCACUGCUGGGCAGCUGUGGGAUGACUCGGGAUCCGCUCGGUUUGCUCCUCUGCCAGCCAGGCCUUCAAAGCAGUCCGCAGGAUAGAGAUGUGGAUGUGCCAUUGAAAUUUAAGAAAGCUGUGUUCUUUCUCUGCUCCUUUGAAGAAAGGAAAACCAAAACACUCAUCUGUGUCUAAAAUGUUGAUUCUGAGGAAAACACGGAUUUUCAGUGAGUGUUCCUACUGUUCUAGGCCCAAAAUAAACAUCAGGCACUGUUCUCCCCACCACCAUCCCAGGUCACAUAUCUUUAAAAAUAAAAGCCAGUCCACUCAUUU